AUGGCUGACGAAGAAGCUGUGCUCAAGAAAAAGGUAAAGAUAAGUCUUUUAAUUUAAGCUUAUGUGUAAACUGUGCGAGACGUUUUGGUCGCUCGCUCCCCUUGUAAACAAGAAAAUGGACACAUGUUGCUCGAACUACAAGAGACUGUUUCCUGUUGCUUUGAAAGCUGUGCUUGUUUACUUUCUUUUAAACUUUAGCCUUUUGAAGAUAAUAAUGUGCUAUGCUGGAGAACUACAUGGGCUGUCAAUCUUGAAAGGUUUUGUCGUUUAAUUUUCCAACAGCUCGGUUGAACUUUUUGUUCAUCCUGUCACCUUGACUUGUCAAGAUCGUGGCAUCACGUACGUAAACACCCUCGCAAGCAUACAUGCAUAUAUUUUUUUGUUAUUUCAAUCAAGAAAAAUUUUACACAAUUUAAAAUGGCAAAAAAUUAAUGAUAAUAAGAAUGGAUGCUUGCAAUUGAGUGAAGGUACAUUUGCUCACUACUGCUUUGUCUAACGAAAUCAGCUUAAUUUUGUCCCACUCUUCUCCGGUCAUGUAUUUUUUCCUGGAUCUUUGAUCUUGUUUUGUAAUUAGCUUAAGGCUUAUGUUUUGUGUGAGAUGAUUUUCCUUUUGUUAAAAAUGCCUUGUUAGUAAAGGUUCUGUUACAAUUAUCUAUUUAAUUUUUUAAAAACUGUCGAGGAAUUCAUGGCGCGUGAAAGUUUCGCAGAGACCUUUAAUUGGAAAAUCAACUUCGUCUGGGCAACCAGUAAUGAGUUGAAAAUAUUUGAUGUCGGUCAUAAACGACGAGGCUAUUCAAUAUAUAUUACCGUAAAUGAUAAAUUUAAUUUAAAACAAAACGGUCUUCGCUACCAUUAAGCUUGAAAUUAUAUUUUUACUAUCAUUACAAUGUUAUCUCAUACCCGCUGUUUUGUAUAAGUUUACAAUUUCUUCCUUUUUCACAAGGCAUUUUAAAUCACAUUCUCACAGAAAAUGUAUUAUUAAGGAGCAUUGUAUCGUUUUCCUUGAUCCAAAAUCAACAAUUUUCUGCUAAAAGGAUGCUCUUGUAAAUAUUUACAACUUGGAAUGUUAAGCUGGAAUGUGAUAUAGCUUUUGCAUGUUGUCGGAAAGAUCAAGACUGUAUUGCAGUUUAGAGAAAAUUUUUACUGACAUUCAUUUGAACUGCAAAUUUGUUGUACAUUGAACUUUCUUCCUUUCGCAAAUGCACCAGCAAGUGCAGUUUCCGAUCAACAGCUUCCAAAAUCUGCCACAGCUAAUAAUCUUUUUGAAAAGUGAGACCAUCAUUAAUUUGCUUAUUAGGUAGUGUUUCGCUUCAGUUGUUUCAAAUUUAAUUACAGGGAUAAAGUGGUACUACAUUAUGUUAUAAGAAAGUUACUGAGGGGAAACAUGUUUUCAUUGUCUUUGUUUCAAGUGAAAUAAAAUUGAAUGGAGAUUCCCAGGAUGGCUAAUUUCGUUAUGACAUGGGUGGCGGAAGGAAAAAAAUGGUGCCUUUGGCUAAUUGGAUAAAUCACCUUCCAGAUUUAAUCUUCUUCCACAAAAUAAAACAUUGAAUGACCCAAGCAACCAAGGUUUGUCUUUUGGGUUAAAUCAGUUAAAUUGUUUGUACCAGCUGUUUUUAAGUAUCAAAUAGGAACAUUUUACUUACUGUUUGCGACAUGUCCACCGGGAUGUACAUGUUCCAUAACUCAGUAUUUUUUAUACUUUUCUGAUCCAAACUAUUUACCCAUUUUUCUGAAGUUAGUUAACUCUCUAAGAAGAACAACAUGAUACCUUAUGUAAAUUUUGAGAACAUUUUCUCCUAAGAAUUUUCUGAGUAUGAGCCAGCUGAAAUUGCAUUAUUACAUUUUUUGAAAACAAUAAUUGUUACUGAUAAUUUUUGCUUAAUUAUUAAGCAAAAAUUAUUAUUCAUUAUUAUACAUUUUUUGAGAACAGCAAAACAAAAUUAUUAUUCAUCACUAAGAAUUACAAAAAUAAUAUACAUAGGGCAUUAAACCCUGUUGUAAACAUCUAUCUGGCCAUUGUCCUUUCAUCUUAUACUGCAUUUUUGUUACAUCAAUACAGAACAAGUUAAGACACUAGAACUGUUGUAACUUUCCUUAUGUGAACAAAUCAAUUUUGUUAUUGCAGAGAAAAGCUGAACUCGAUUCUUUUCUUUAGCAUUCUUGUUGCAUUAAGUGUUGUAAUACAUGUUAAAGGGGACAGACAAGUGUUGUUGCUGGAAAUAUCUAUAAGUUGUAACUGUUACUGACAUUAGAUUGGGUCCUGCCAUGUUUGAAGUGUUGGUACAAUAAACUUCUGACAAGUUACAUGGCUUGAAAAAGCAAUGCAAGACAAUUGAAAUGGCAAACAACACAAAGCUGGGUUGAAUGAAAUCCAGUGUCAAUGAUAACAUAGUAGCGUAACUUUCUCUUUAAGGCACAUUUAACUCACAGGUGUUAAAAUUCAGACUAGGUACACAUCAACCCCUCCCCCCACUCCAACUUCAUUCUUUGUCCUACAAUCAGGUACUCUACAUAUGAAUAGCAAGGUUUAAUUUCCUUUGUUACAACAUGCCUUUAUUUUUGCUAGUUGGAAGAUACCACAGACUUCGAUGAAAGGCGAGCAAUCAGGCAACAGCUGAGGGACUUAAGAAAGAAGAAGCUUGAAGCAUUAGAAUCUAGCACAACUGCAAAUGACAGAACGAGAAGAAGGGAAAGGGUGAAAAAAGAAGAACAAACGACCGUCAUAACGGAGACAAAAUCCACCCAGGAUUCAUCACAGCCAGGAAUCCAAACCAAGAUAGAAGUGAAUUAUUCACGUACAACUGUUAUUAGUGAUGGACCCUCUGAAAAUGGUGUUGAAAGUGAACCUAAUGAGAGUGAAAAAACUGUUGAGGAAGAGUCUGUUUCUGUUGAAAAUGAAAAUUCUGUGGAGAAGCCAGAGCCGAUGGAAAAUGGGACUCACUUUAAUGUGCAAGUAAAUGGUGAGAAGAGUCCCAAGGAAGAGGAGGAGUCUGAACAAGUAGAUUCUAGCCCUCAAGAGCCGUCAACACAAACUGAAACUGUUGAAACUUCUGAAUCAGCUGAUGCUGAACCUGAAACCAAGGAAACUCCUGAAGAGGCUGAGAAAGAUCCCCCAGAGGAAGAAAUGGAAGAAGUUGAAUUAACCCCAGAAGUUGUAGCGAAAAUGGAAGAUGUUGAUAUGCUGGAAAAACUGGUAAGAUUGUAACUGCUAAUUCCUGUACAGCUUAUUGUUGCUUGUGUUGCUGUACUAGGAAGUACUUCUUAAGAGAGGCACAAAGCCAAAUACUGUACAGUUGAAUGCAGUUAAUAGUGUGACCAACAUCGGGCCAUAAAAUCGCGGUCGAAAUAAUGAAGUGGUUGUAUCAGUGAGUCUUGAAUCUGAUAAGGUGACCAAGUGUUUUUUAGUUUGGGUUAACUAACUUUUUGGUCAUAUAAAUAAGGGUUGUCAUAAUGCGUGUUCUACUUCAAGUACGUUUUGCAUUGCCUGUACUCUCCUAGACUGUAGAAGUGAUAGCAGAUGUUCAGUACUCAAAUGGAACUAAAUGAGUGUAUUUAACCCUUUAAGCCCCAAUGUCCACAAGCAAAUUCUGCAAACUGAUCUCUAUACAUUUCUUUAAAGAUUAAGUUGAGAGAGUUUAAUAAAAGAUCAAGGCAUUUUCUCUUAGGUGAUCAUUUAAUGAAUUCUCAUAACCUAAUCUCUUGACAUUGUAUGGAUAUUGUUAGGAGAAAAUUGAUGUUGGUCACUAUUGGGACUUAAAGGGUUGAAUGAUACAGUUAGUGUGCAAAAAGAACUAUGACAGUGAGUAAUGUGGGGAUCAUGGUUUGGUUGUGCAGUUGUAACAGCCAUAGGGGUGUUAUUCAAUCUAGGGGCUGGCAGCCAAAAGCUGGAAGCCUCUGCAUAGUCCAGGCACCCACUCUGUAUCCAGCGGUAGAGUUGUUAAAUGUAUGUGGUUGAUAAAAGGGAUGUAGCAGGCAUUUGCUGUGUUGCUGUGUUGUUUGGUCUUAAUGUAUGCGUUAUAGGUCGAAAUUAAAUUCAAGUUACAGCAGCUUUUUUGUAACUUAGGUUGAUUCUCAAGUUCGUUUUGUAUCCUAGGGAUAGGAGACAAAGGAAACUGAGAAUCUACCAAGGUUAAAAAAAAUUUUAGCUUGAAUGUAAUUUUGACUUGUAAAGAGGGUUUUUAGGCACCUUGAAAACCCUUGAAUUUUAGAGUCCUUUUUAAAGGGCUCAAAAGUCCUUGAGAUUCCUCUUCAUUCAUUUUGGUCCUUGAAAGUCCUCAUUCCAAAUUUUAAGUGCGGAAAAAAAUAGUACUUUAUUUGAGUGUCAAUGUAUUUAGCGCAAAAGUGCUAAUUGGGGACACUAUAUGAACAUCUCCUACUGGAGACGGGACCACCAUUUUACGUGGUCAUCUGAGCCACGUCAAGGUCUAGCCAUUUGCAGGGCAAAAGUAGUACCUUUCAUUUCUCAGUUAUUUUAAGACCCUUAGUAUUGGUCCGACCCUGGGAAUUGAACCCAUGACCUCCCGCUCUGCAGUCAAGUGCUCUACCAACUGAACUGAUCCUGCCGCGGUUAAAACAUUUUCAAACCUCAAAAAAACUUUGGCAAAUUUAUACAUAUGUACCAUUUUUGGAGCCAACAGAAUAAGACCAGCAUUGAGAAAGUGGAAGUCAGGUAUGGGCUCACAAACAAAUUUUCAUCUAAAUGUGGUUAUUACCCGGACAUAUUAAUCUGUAGUUUUAUUACUUGGAACGUAUGUUAAAAGACAUAAAUUAGGUCUGUGACAUUUAAAAAUGUGGUCCUUUGAAGUCCUUGAAAAGUCCUUUAAUUUUAUAUGGAAAUAAGUGUACAAACCCUGUGUAACGUACUUGUACAUGUAUGCACUGUUAGAAAGACAAAAUAAUUAUUGGCACAGGCUCCUUUAUGAAUAAAUUGAGGCAAUAAUGGAUUGCAUUCUUUUCCUAAACAUUACUCUUCCUCUUGUACACAACAGCAAAUUUUUAUGUUUGCUUGUUUUCUUGUGAGUUUUUCCAUGUCUUCAGUUACAAAGCAAAUAAUUUGGUUAUUUUUUGGGGAUGGAUGCUUGAUAGAAAAUAAAGUUCGUUCCAAAAAUAUUUACCUAAUGAUGUUUUUUGUUUGAUUCUAAAAGCUAAAAGAAGUUCCUCUCAAUGAAUAUGAGUUACGGAAGGCAAUAAGACUUCAGAUAAGACAAAUGAGAGUCAAGAAAGGUUGGUACGAUUUAUUGAUUAUUAUACUUUAAGGCUUUGUAUUCAAAGAAACCCCUAGUGACAGUGACUUCCCCACGUGUUCCACUGCUAAGGUAUGUCUCCUCUCAAUGUUUGCCUUUUAGAAGGGGGAGAAUUUGACUGACAGAUUUAGAUUUGCUUAAUAGAAGGGCCCACAAAGCAAAACUGUCAAAGUGAAUAAUACGUCUGAGCUAAUGCAGAUGCAAGUCAGCGCUGAGGUCUACAUGCCUCCAUGCUGACAUGUGUCUGUGACGUAUGCGAGUGGCUCACUUAGUUCUGGCCUGCACUAUACCUUCUUUCUUGGAGGUCUCAAGUUGCAUAAAUAAUUUUCUCUAUACAUGUUGCUGAUCAGUGAUGUAUAUUACAUAUAAAUGUGUUUAAACUGCAGCAACCCAAAAAAAGUCUCGAACAACACCCAAGUUCAAUGCUGAGGCCUCUGCACCUAAGGGAAUGAGGUUAGUAUGGGUGUUGAGUACAAUGGUUUAUUGUUACUAAUGCAUUUCUUGUCUUGAAAACUUUUAUGUUCACAGAGAAAAGCAAAGAAAGCAAAAAUGUAUCAGAUCUCGGAAAUGUGAAACAAACUAAACAUGAUAAUGAACCGGGAGAAGACCAGUUUCGUGGCAUCAUGCCCUCUGGAGAUGAACCAUCUGAAAAAAUUGAAGCACAAGAUAAGACUUUGACAGGUACUGACAAUCAAAAUACUGACACAGUGGAAAGUGACUGUGAUGUAGAUGAUUCUUCAUCCACAAAAUCCAGCAUAACAUCAGAAAGCCCUUCUGAAUCAGAUAACCCUGGCAAGCCACCUCCUAGGCCACCACGGCCAGUAAAGACAUCAAGUGCCAGCUCAGCAUCAGAGCUCACUGGAGACUUUAAAAGUAGAAUUCUCGGGAACCCUUCAGGACCUGCAUUGAGGGAUCUCUCUAAGAAAGGAAAACCGUCUGGCCCAGUGCAGGUAGAUUUCCGAAGUCAGCUGAAGAAGACUGGUUUGAGAGCUGAUAAGGACUUGACUGCACAAGGGAAAAAGCAGCAGCAAUUCCUAGGAGGAGACGUACGUGGAAAACUUAAGGCAACAGGUGCUGAUCCAUCAAGAAAUCUUUCAGCAGCAAGAGUUGUUGGUAAGAAACAAGAAGGCCCUGUAAGGGUUGACUUUAGAGGAAAUUUAAAACAAAGCGAAACCGUUGAUGGAAAAAAGGUACCACCUCCACGGCCCCCUCCAACAUACUUAACAAAAAAAGCUGAAGCCGCAAAGAGCCAAGCAACCAAAGACUCUACUUCUAAAGAAGAAGGCACGCCUACUGGAAGUUCUGAAAGAAGAAUUUCCAGUUCAGACUUGUUUAACAUGCUACACAAACCAGUAGAGAGUUCGAAAGAAGGCUACCUCGUGCAACGGGGUCUUAAAAAGGCAGAGGGGUCAAAAACUGUAUCACAAAAGUUUGUCGCACCGACAGUAGAUGCUUCUAAGGAGGAUGACAAAUUUAAGGCAAGAAUGGCGCAAAGAAAAGAAAGAUCGGAGAAGCAUUUUCCUCCUGGGAAGGGCUCCAAAACUGACAGGAAGAUGUCCGCAGGCGUGGAAACUAAAGAUUUUCAAUCCAUUCUAAAAAGAGCUGGUGUACAACAGCCAAAAACUGUUGAUGAAAGCGCAGGUGCUGACUCAGAGAGACGGCCAAGUAAAGGGUAAGUUUUGCUAUUGCUUGCAAUUUUCUUUUUCAAUUUAUAUGUGUUGCGAUUCUUUCUGCAUGAUGCUUAUGACUUCAACUUCAAUUUCUCUCCUAUUGAUUUCCUCUUUUCUUCCUUUAUCUAAUCUCUAGAGACCCUGUCUUCAAGUUUGUCUGGCAUCAAGACUUCUCUAUGCUUUUAUGUAUUAAUCUGUAGAAAUUCUGUAAAUUUUCAAAACUGUAAAAAUUGCUGUAUCAGAACAUAAAUUUAGGGUCUUUUCUGUGUAGGUUACAAUGUCCUUAAAGAAACCAAAAUUAAUUAUAUGUAUUGAGCUGGAUCUAAGUAAAUUCCUCUGAGAAAUGGAUGAUUCAGAAACUUCCACACUUCAAAGUGCAGUGAUAGAGACCAGAAAGCAAAGUCUGAGUUUUUUCAAUCUUGUCAGUCAACCUGGUUCCCAGGUUCUCUCCUACCCUCUCUCUCACUCCAUAGGAACAGGUAGGAGAGGACCCUGGAGACAAGGUCAUCUUGUCAGUUUGUAUGAAGGACUUUUUCGAGAGUAGAGAUUUGUCAAUUUUGGAAGACUAACAACAUCUGUUGCAAAAACAUUAACUCAGUUAUAUUUCUUUUGCCUCUUAUGGAGCAACCCUUUCAUAUUGAGAUGUAAAUUCUCAUUUUGUCCCAAUGCUUUGUCUCUGAUGAUGAAGUCUGCACUUCUCAUAAUCUCUUUAAUUGAGAAAUUUAGACAUUACCAGGAGAAAUGACGUAUACUGGGAUUUCAAAGGUUGCAGUCUUUUUUCGCCUUUUGUGAUUUAGGAUAAUUACUGGUGAAGCAAAUUUGAUCUUUCUAACACAAAUCAUUUGCAUAGUUUUCUAUGUAAUGUUGCUUUGUGCUGACACAUUUAGGCUAUCAAUCACCAUAAAAUUGAGUUUUCAAUUAUGUAGCCAUUGAUCAGUGACUGUGAGAGAAAUAUUUCUGAGGCUCAAAUUAAAACAUCUGGCAAACUUUUUUUAGACACUUAAUGAGUGGAGAAGACAAACAUUUACCUAAUGAUUCAAAGCUUUAAGUCAAUCAUAGGUUAAAAGCACUAAUUGUGGUGUAAUAAUGAAUUUAUUGUGAAGGGAAAUGAACAACAGCUGAAUAAAUAGAACUAAAAACCAAAACAGGUGUCUUGAGUGUUUAUUCAUACAUUGUACAUGCAUGCAGAUUUCAUUAAGAUAACAGAAAAUGAUACAAAAAGAAACUAUUCCAGAAAUGUAACAAAAUUAAACAGAAACUAUUCCAAACAUGUAAUGAAAAAUGAAGUAAAAACAAAUGAAAACUAUUCCAAAAAUGCUUCAUUAGUGAUCAAUCAAAACUGAAAUAAGUGAUUUAGUGACUAAUUGAGUCCAAGUCCAAACCUUCAAUUUAAAUGAUAACCUUUUGUUAAGAAAGGAAAAACUUGUGUUGAAACACACAGCACACUAUAAGACAAUGUGUAAUAAUAAGGCUGCAAACUACAGCUUCAUCUACUUUCUUGGGAAAAAAAUGUUAAACUUUCCAUAAAAUGUUUUGUGUCCUGUGAAGAACAGUUUGAAGGGAAGCUUUGUUAUGAUUCAUGACCUUUUGAUUGUCAUUGAAAGUUUUAAUGAGCAUCAGAGAUAAAAUCUUCUAUUUCAAACUGAUGUCUUUAAUAAUUUGUUUUAGUUUACUGUCUUGUCUGUUUUAUUUCUCUAUCUACAAUGGUCAUUCUUUCCUCCAACCUUUCAUAUCUUUGCUUUGCUAACAGCCUAACCCAAGCAUUUAUAGUAUUUGUCAUGUUUUAUGUGAGUGUUUUAAUCAAAACAUGCUUAACAGGCAUUCUCAACUAUGUUGUCCAUUUUUGGAUGUUUUUGUAUCUAUUGUGUUUGAAUCUAUUUUGUAUCAAAGUCAAUUUUAACCCCAUACAUGUAACUCUUUGAAUUACUCUUAAGUAUUAAAUAUCUUAACAACCGUUAGAAAUUUCAGUUUAUUACACUAGGUUAUACCCCUCCCCACAAAAAAAAAAGAAAAUGAAUUUAAAAAUGCAAGUCAUCACUCACCUUUCUUAUUCAAGCAAAUGAGCCUUAUACAGCUGUAUUGAAGCAAGUAAAAUUCUUCUAGUAUUGAGAGAAAAUUAAUUAGCUCAAUAUCCUACUGGGGUAGUUACACAGGUUAUGCAGUUUCCUUGAACUUAAUCUUUUCUAAAAAAAUCCUUUGUGUAUAAAAAGAGCAUACUCUUUUUGAAUUUUUGAAAAACUGAUGUGAUGCAUGGAUUAUUUUGACCUUAUGAUACAAUAUUUUUUUAAUAAUAAUUUUUGGCAUUGACCAAUCCUUUUAGUUUUUGAAAAUGUUUGAUUGUUGAUAAUUGAUAUUUAUAUGCAGUCAGAACUGUUUUGUUUUGUCUAUGGCUCAUCCAGCUUCUCUUUUGUAACAGGAGUGAAAGAUUUUCUGUGGACAUUCAAGACAAAAAUGAACUUCACAAGUUACGAGCCGAUCUUCUUCGCGAAAAGGAACAGAAAGACAAGGGUGCUGUUACCAGGUCAACAGAGAAAAGCACUGAAGUUGAAGAAAUAGAUAGUGGAAAAGUGACCAAAGGAGUCACAAAAACCACUGAGGUUCACAAGCAAGAUGGGGUCACAACAACAGUGACUAAGACAACUAAAACAACAGAGAUCCAAGGAAGAGGUUAGUGGAUAUGCCUACUUCAGGGGCACCCAAUGAUAGUUUCCUCCUAAAUGCACUGAAAACACUUUUAAGCUAUCCAGAGUAUUUUCAGAUCUCUAGAAAUGCAUUCCAAGCGGUACUAUAAAAUUUGUAUCUGUUCAGUCAUCCUAGAGCAACUUGAGUCUUUUCGAAAUUACAAGGGCCUCAGUAUUAUUUUCCUGAAAAUUUUAAGUGCAAUUUUAAGUUUUACAAAAGUGAGAAUUUUUCUGAUCCCUCUCUCCAUCACAUUUUCGAAUCCAAAAAUUUUAGGUUUCUUUUUUCUUUGAAAAAUAGGUUUAACUUGGGAACUGAAAUGCAAAAAACUCAAGAAAAUCGUAGGGAAUUUGUUAGAUAUGCUAUGAAAAUUAUACAUGUGACACAGAACCGUCAUCUAGAAAUUUUUAGCCUUUCUCAAGCUAUAGAAAAUUCUACACAAUUUUUGCUUCUCCAAACAGAUAUUUAACAGAAAACAGUUGUUUGGUGUCCCUGUUGCUUCUUUCCUUUGGGACCCAGCAGUUACAUGUAAAUCUUGGGUUAAUUGCAAAAUGUUAGCACCAGGCAUUGAUUUUAAACUCCGGCAAAAUUGAUUUUUGGAUAGUGCACAGCCUUGAUACUAAAGUACAUGUUAAAGAUCAAAAUCAAAGUCAGGUGAAGACUAUCAUUUGACCUACGUUGAUUCUCAAUAUUUCUUUUAUUGUUCCCUAGCCCUAAAUCGCAAAUGAUUAGGGCUAGGAGUAGAGAAACUUAAGAAUCAACCUACUUCAGGUUAAAAAUUUCAACCUGAAAUUAAUUUUGACCCAUAACAUACACAUGUGCAUACAAUGAAAAAUAAUGUAAGGAUCCUUGGAGGUUUUGCCAGAAAAGGAAGAGAGGAGAGGGGAGAGAAAGUAACAGGAAAAUGUUGAGGGAGGGGGAGGGCGGUAGUUAAACUCUUUUAUCCAAAAAAGUAACACAAAAUUAUGCCUUAAUUUACCAAUUUAGCAUCCGGAAUUAAAGCCAGCGUAGUGCCUGACUUGCAAACAUUUUUUGGACAGUUUUGCUUUUUUUUUGCGGGAUAAGUUGACCAAACAAAGUAGCUUAAAUAGUUAGAAUAAUAGAAUUUAUUUGUCCUGGAAAGGUCCUAUGUACAUUGUAUCUGAGCUGCGUCAUAUUAUUUGUUUGCCUUAACUUUCUUUGGGAAGUACUGGCUUGCACAUGUAGUUACAAACAGAGGUGAUAGAAUAUAAUAUUAGUUUUGAACUGUGAAGUAUGUGUGCUUAGUUGCAGUUUGCAUUUGUUGUUAGAAUCCAAUAGCAGGUGUUAGACUUAGCUUUACAUAAACCUCGUUGUAACUGAGUUUUUUUUGUUAGCAGUAAAUUACUGACAGUAUAUAGCCCUUGUGAUAAUAUUGGCCACUAAAGAUAGGAAGUUAAUGUCUUGAUAAACAGUAAUUCUAAAAUUAUUAUUAGGGUUUAGAAUUUAAAAGUUUUUUUUCAUUCUCUUGUAGAUGACCUAGGAUUAAUAGCAAAUUAAUUAUUAAUACCAUGGGUGAACCGAAAUCAUAUUGUUAGUUAUUCCUGUUUUCUGCCCUCCUGUUGAGUGUAUCAUUUUCUUUUUGUGUCAUAGUUUAAUUUCUUAAUGUUUUUUUUUGUGGGAUUAAGAGCUUAAGAGUGUCAGAUUUUUAAGGCACUUUACCCAGAUUUUUUCAACUACAGCUGUUUCAGUUUUCAUUUCUUACCUCUUAAGUAAUUCCCAGUGCAAAAUCUCUUCAUAUAAGUUCAUAACAUUUUUUAGUGUUGAUUGCAGUACUCUAGCACAUAAAUAUUUUACAUUUGUUUAACAGUGCUCCAGUGAGAAAUUAUGUUGAUAAUUAAUCAUGUUACAGUGUUCAUCAGAGACUAAAAAAAAUUCUUGACAAUUUUCUUUUGUUCUUUAAUCUUCUUUCUGUGGGGGUGAAUGAAUUAUUAAGUAAGUCUUUGCUGAGAGAAAAUAGCCCUGUAAAUAGAAAUGACUGUUUUCUGCUGAUACUAGUUAACUAAUGUUGUCAGAACAUCUCUGUUUAGAGAAUUGGCACCUAUGUUCAUAAGGCAAACAUUUUCUUUGAAAAGAAAUUUGAGGCUAACUUUUAACAGGGGUUGUAAUUCUUUUACUACAAAGUUCAUAAGCCCCUAGGCUGGUAGGUGAGUUACAUUGCUUUAAAGCCUUGAAUACUUUGUAUUACCUUGAGGAUAAUAUGACUUGAUAAUGCUUUCAAGAUGAUUUUAUUUUUCUGGGGAUUUUAAUCAAAAUUGUCUGAAUCCUGACAUCAUUAAUUUUAAGAAGUUCCCUUUUACGAGAAUCCCUCCCAAAGCUAUAUAUCUUGCAGUCAAUUUAUUUAUACAUGAGAUUGCUUAGCUACUAACUUUUAACCAUACCCCAUGUAGUACUUUCAAAGAUUGCCUACAGUGCCAUACUGAUGAAAUUUAUUUUUUUCUUCAGAAGCUAUGUACUUUAAGUAGGUUUCAUUUAUUACAUGUAUCUGGGCAAUACAAUUUCGCUGCUCAGACUAAAGAAACACAAUGUGUUAUGGUAUAUGGUAGACUUUUUGAACUAGUUAUUAAUUUUUCAAGUACAUGUAACUAUGGUUUUUUACCUUGGAUAGUGAAGGUGUUAAUGAAGAGUUAGUGCUUAGUUUUUCUUUCAUUCAGCGGUGAUGAUAAGAUAUAUAUAUUUUUGUUAUCAAAGUUAAGGUUGUGCAUUAUAAUCUUUUUCUGUUAGAUUAUUGAUGAAAAGUGCAAUAAUUGUACCUCUAUGCUACUCCUUGAAUUAUGAGUACAUUUUGUAUAUAAUAAAAUAAAAAAUAUAAUAAAUGUUUUUUUGAUAACAAAGUUAACUAUAAAAUCUUAUUUAUUAUUAAUUUUGCUUUAAAUUGUAAUAAUAAUAUUAAUAAUAAUAAUAAUAAUAAUAAUUGUUUACCCUUGGCAGUAUUUAUAGCACAAAGGCUAGUGGGGCCAAACAAAUUAGCGUCUGCAGCAAAUGAUCUAAAUAAGAUGGUGAAGAAUCCAGUUUGCUGUUUACAAGCAUGAUCAAGGAUUUGAACUCAGAACUACUGCAAACAAAUUUAGCUAGCAAUCAGGGCAGGAAUUGAACCCAGGCCUCAAGAAUGCAAGUCCUGGCCCUGGUUGUUCAAAUGCUAGAUAGUGCUAUCCACAGGAUAGAUCACUAGCCAGCAGAUAAGUAUUUAUCCAUAGGAUAGUACUAUCCAGCCUUCGAACAGCCAAGAUCAGCACUCUAACCACUCAACCAUGCUUCCUUCUUUUCCUUAUUAGGGAGAGGAACGUCAAUUGAAGCAAUGCUAGCACAGAAGAAAAAAGAAAGAAUGAUGGCCAAGAAACAGCAGCAAGCAGAUACAAGGAGCAAAAGGAUGGCUUUUAAGGAACAAUUGGAAGCUCAGUCACCAAAAGUGUAUGUGUUGAAACUCCAUCUCAGAGCUCCAAUGCAGCAUUGCAGCACAGUGUUACAUAUGACAUACUUAUCAAUAUAUUUCCUUGAAUAUGUGACUAGGUGCUUAUUUAAAUUUUUUGGCAGAAAGUGGGCGGGGGUAAGAAGAAUUAUUAGCUGUCACAAGUUCAUUCUAGAUGCGGUGACUAGAAUCACUGCAACCUAGGCUAUAUUUUUCCAUUUUUUACUAUGUGCAUUUUGCUCACCCGUGACAUUUUUAAUGUGACAUAUUUUAGUGAAGGAAGUGGACGCAGCUUCCAGACUGGAAAUGCUGCCAUAAACUCUCUGCAGGAAUGGUGUCGCCGAAGAACCAAAUAUCAUGAGGUUGGUCAAUAUUAUGUACACCAUGCUGUAACUAGUGCUGCCUUGAUUAUCCUUGAAUAUGUUGUGGAAGAUUUACAUAUUCACUUAGUAAUUACCAUAUAUAAGUGACAUUAAUUGGUGUCCUCCAUUUUUGCCGUGUUUGUUUAUAGUCUCUUUCAAUAAUAUGUCAUAUGUAGGCAAAGUUUCGCAGUAUGUUGUCGAGUGAUACAGUCGGCAAUCACAGCGACUAACAUUCUCUCUUUGGUGACUAAAAAUUCUGGUGUAGUUGCCACUUUGGUGACCAGAUUUCUAUAUGAUUUAGAUUUAAAUUAAAAGGGUAAUAUUAAAACAAACAUUUCAUCUUAUCUUGCUUUGCUUUUGUCAUAAAAAAUGUGCCAAAUCGCAUAAACAAAGCCAGUUUUCCUCCUAAUUUAUAGCAACUUCUGUCUGUGAUAUUUUCAAACAAUCAAAUCUGAUGGAUUGCGCCAUACUAGCUAUUAGCUGUGUCAUUGAUAUUAUACAAACUGGCGACGAAAAAUUUGCAUAUCAGGCGACUGUAUUUCUCCGUUUGGUUGCAAAAUGACAACUUGAGGAUUUUUUAAAUUUCGAUCAAGUCGUGGUAUAAUAAUACCAGGACUUUUAUAAUUUAUUAUUAUAAACAGGUUUUUGUCCUAUCUCUCAUUGAUCACUCUCAUUUUCUUUUACAAAUUGUCAAGUAAAGGUGUGUCCUUGCAACAUAAACUUUGAUUUUCGUAGGUCUUUAUUCUGAAUGUGUGUUUUCUUAACUUCAGAUUUUCCCGUGUUUUAUUUGUAUACAGUUUGCUGCUCAUGAGUUUAUACCAGUGAUACUUUAUAUAUAUAGUGAUUCAUUUCUGCAGAGUAAAUAAGAUAAAAAUACAUUUACCUUUAACCACAAUGGUUAAAUGUUUAUUUUAGGGAGUGGAAAUUCAGAACUUUUCCUCAAGCUGGGCCAAUGGACUUGCUAUGUGUGCUCUGUUGAAUUACUUUCUACCAGACAAGAUACCUUAUGAAACUCUCAAUCCUAGCGACAAGAGAGCAAACUGGGCUCUUGCCUUUAAAGUGGCAAAGUGAGUAUUUUAUUAUUUAUUUCUUCGAUAUAUAAUUCAUAGAAAGAUUAUUUUUGGCUCUGCUGUCACUCUGAUGUAGUUAACUUUUUCAGUCAAAAUAAGUUUGAUUGAAGUUUCUCUCUGUCGCUUCAAGUCUGUGAGUGAAAUUCUAUGAUACUGCCAUUUGAAUGAACCUCUUGUUGGCUAGGUUCACACUAGAGGAGAUUUUUACACAUUCUUGACAAAAAGAUUUAAACUUUCAUCCAUGAUUUAUUUCAUAUACAUAUAUAUAUUGGUAAAUGGCUCGACUGUAUUUUAGCAAAGGGCUAGACCUAUUCGUGGUUCAAUUGACCACAAGAUGGCAGUCCUGUCUCCAGAAAAAAAAAAUUGUCCAGAAUAAAACAGAAUAAAAAGAAUAAAAAUGUUGAUUACGAUUGGAGCUUUGGAGAUUAGAGCUCCAGAAUUAAAAAUAUUAUCCUUGAUUGGAGCUUUCAUGCUUAAUAUAAUUGUUAUUGACACGUGAAUGAAGUUUGUUUUCUGUUUAGUUUGUUUUUUAGUAUUUUGAUACUAUUUGUUCCAGUACAUGAAUCUGAAAUAAGAACAUGCCACUUCACUUGUGUAUUUUUUUAAAGUGACAACAUUGUAUCUAAAUAAAAUUAAUAUUUCCAGAUUAACUGAUUUGUAAAAAACACUUGUGAAUUUGAAUACUCUACAUGUACGUGUAAUAAACCCAGAAACCUCUAUGAAUCCAGAAAUUUCUCCUAUGGUGGUAACCCAGCCUUUGUAAUUUGUCACUUUUGAAAUGAAAGGUAUGCAAAGAUAACCAAAUCAGUGUGGGUCAGUGUUAACAUCUAUUCAUGGGGGGUGGGGUCCAGGGGAAUGCUGUAUGCUUUUGGUUUUUAGUUUGCUUCCUUGUUUUCCCUUUCCCUACCCCCCACAUUCUGUGUACUGAGGUGAGUUUUGUUUUCAAAUGACGUUUUGACAGGUGCCUAAAGAUUUUAACUUUUUAAGUUGUUUUGAUGCAUGCGAAAUUAACUCAGUUUAAUUUGCUGUUUUAGUGAAGAGGGAAUCGAGCCAUUACUGGAAUUGGAAGAUGUUAUGGCAUUAGAGAAUCCAGAACCUAAGAGUCUUAUCACCUACGUCCAUUUUAUUUAUCAACACUUUAAUGAGAAACAGCAACAGCAAAAGAAGGCAUAGAUCCUUGACUCCUGGCAAAAUAUUGACAACAUGCAUGGAAUCCAUUAUGAACUUCUUGUAAUGAGACCACUGUUAUUAGUAUCCUUUUUGAGUCAAUGCAAUCCUGAAGCCAUGAUCUCAAAAUGCAGAUAUUUCAUUUUAAUAGCUUGUAGCAAGGUAUGAAAGAGUUUGCUUUACAAAGAGACUGUAAAAUGUAGAAAUAUACAUAUGUAGUAUAGAAUUAACAUUAAAUUUGACGUCAGGGUAUGCAGAGUUUAUUUCCUUCAGCCCGACAGCCCAUCAGCAAUAACAGUAAUAUCUUGUUGAGCACCAUUACAAAGUCUGUGGGCCAACAUCAGUGAAUUAAUUGUUGGCAUAAUAUAUCCUUUCUUAAAAGCAAACCUGGUCCUUCUAAAUAAGUUAAGUUUCUCUAGUCAGUAUGGUAGCUUUUGUAUAAUUAAUUGACGCGGUGUGCCUUCUUCAUUUAACUUAUUUCAAUGGCACUUUAAGCUAAGUAAGUUUGCACCAACUACAAUUUAUCACGGUGCUUUUUGGCUUUUCAGUUUUAUCAUAAUGGGACUUGAAAUUUGUUAUUUUUUACAUAUUCAGGAAUUUUUCACUGG